AUGAUACAUACUAGUCCUAGGCCAUGGUAUAAGAGCAAACGCUUUUUGAUCGGCUUCUCCUUUUUCGUGUUCAUUCUUGGGGGCAUAACGUGCUUGAUCCUAUUGGCCCUAGUCCAUCCAGCACUAGCGGAAGACGUUGUCAAAAAUUCUUCUUAUUCCAUAUCCAAGCUGUCCCUUUCGCCCGUUUCCACAAAGUCCGCAUCGAUAUCGAUUACCGGUGAAUUCAACGCUGGCCGAACUGGAGAUAUCACGUUUACCAAACCCGUUGUCUUUUCUGUCGACCAAGUGGAUGUUGGGAGCGUUGAACUUGAUCCGAUCAACGUUGAAAAUGAUAAAGGAGCAGUCGACGAUCAAGACAAGACUUUGGACAUUGCCAAUUCAACUGCCUUGGGUGGUUUGGUGCACAAGAUAUUGACUGACAAGGAGGUCGAGGUUACAGGCACAAGUGUUGUUACAGUCUACGUAAUCGGAAUAAGUAGAGCCGGGAUUGGUAUGACCAGUCCGUUCAAGAUCAAUGGCGCCGACAACUUUGCUUCUUCCACCGCAACCGCCUCUGUAACAAACACAAACAUCACCGUCACUCUCACACUUCAAAACCCAUCAUCUCUCUCGCUUUCUCUCACCUCAAUCUCGUUUGAUCUGUCAUACAACUCGGCCGUAAUCUCCUCUCUCAAUUCCACAUCUCCAGUGUCGAUUUCAGCAAACAGUCCCACGACAGUCUCACUCGCAGGAAACCUGGCAUCAGGUGCGGCUGCAGAUGAUUUCAAAGCCAAACUGGCAGGUGGAAGCGUACCAGCAGUUUUGACAACUACGAGUGGUGUAGCUGAUGGAAAAGGAGCUGAUUGGGUGAAUGCUGGUGUUACGGGAAUUAACAUUGCCGUCACGAUUAGCAAAAAAUAA